CUUUUACAUUGCUUAUAUUUCAGCAUAUUUUCACUUGCGAGUAAGUAGUUUUUUUUUUCUCUUAGCGGCGUUGACCUCGUGGAGGUUGUCAAGUCCGAACUCGAAUUGAAUCGUUUUCUCUACUAACCAACUACCGUGUGUAUGAUUGACUCGUCAUGGCAACGACACCUUCAAUGAGCAAUACCGCCAGGUCAAGCUGUCGUUUACUAACAAGAAGCCCAGUAGCAUUAACGAACCCUUCUGGAUUCGGCCGCCAGCUCCAAUACGCCCCUCGCUGCUUGCGACAGGCCAGUACGGCCACCCAAAAUGACCGUAAAAAGGAGCGGGUGGUGAUUCUGGGCUCGGGAUGGGCUGGCUACGGGUUCGCUCGGAGUCUGGACCCGAAGAAAUAUGAGCGGAUUAUGAUUUCUCCUCGCUCGUACUUUGUCUUUACCCCUUUACUCGCAGGCACAGCAGUUGGAACUUUGGAAUUCCGUGCUGUCACUGAGCCGGUUAGGAAACUCGGUCUGGACCACUUUCACCAAGGGUGGGCUGACGACAUUGACUUCGCGCGGAAAGUUAUUCGCGUGGAGGCUAAUACGUCAGACGACAUUGCCUCGAGGACACGGCUAGCGCUUAAGCAUCGCCCCGGCACCGCCGAUAAAGGGGCUCUGUUCGAUGUCGAGUAUGACAAGUUAGUCAUCGCCGUCGGCUCUUACAGUCAGACGUUCGGGAUCGAGGGCGUGCGGGAGCACGCUAAUUUCUUACGCGAUGUCGGAGACGCCAGGAAGAUCCGGAUGAGGGUGCUGCAGAACUUUGAGAGGGCCGCGCUACCAAUUACGUCCGACGAGCACCGAAAGAAGCUACUCCAUUUCGCUAUCGUCGGGGGUGGUCCGACUGGCAUAGAAUACGCCGCUGAGCUGCACGACUUGAUACGGGACGACCUGACGUACACGUACCCGGCUCUGAUGAAGUUCGUCAGCAUCACCGUCUACGACGUGGCGCCUAAGGUCCUCCCGAUGUUUGACCAGACGUUGGCAAACUAUGCCAUGGAUCGGUUUAACCGCGAGGGCAUUAAAGUAAAGACGCAGCACCACCUAAUGCGCGUCCGGCCUGAUGAAACUUGCGAGGGCUGCUUGAAACUUAAGAUUAAAGAGCACGGAGACGAAGAGAUCGGUGCCGGCAUCGUGGUAUGGAGUACGGGGCUGAUGCAGAACCCCCUGGUAGAAAAAUUGGAGAGCAAGGUCUUCAAACUACCCGGCUCGGAUACCGAGAUGAAGCUACAGAAGGACGCGAAAACAGGCGGUAUCGUCACGGACGCGAAUCUCCGCGUGAACAUGAUCCCGGCCGCGGCGGCGUCUGAACCGCCGCCCGCUCAGGGGCAAAAGUCGACGGUACUGUCCGACGUGUACGGCGUGGGCGACUGCACGGUGAUCUCGGACAUGAGCCUUCCUGCCACCGCGCAGGUCGCCAGCCAGCAGGCGCUGCACCUCGCGAAGCGGCUGAACAAGGGCGACGUGGGAUCGAAGCCCUUCAAGUUCCGCAACCUGGGCACCAUGACGUACCUCGGCGGCUGGACGGCGAUCCACCAGAGCAGCGCGGACGAGCUCAAGGGCUGGAUGGCCUGGGUCCUGUGGCGUACCGCGUACCUGACACGCAGCAUGAGCGUCAGGAAUAAGAUCACCGUCCCGUUUUACUGGUUCAUCUCCUGGUUAUUCGGGCGGGAUAUCUCCAGGUUCUAGGUUGGAGGCUUUCCCUCCCUAGUCGGGGACUUUUCUU